CCCUCCCAGCGUUAUUGUGCCGAGGAGUUAUGGCUGCCCGCAUCGAGUACUCGGAGAAGUAUCAAGACGACAGCUUCGAGUACAGGCAUGUUAUCCUCCCCAAGGAUCUGGCGAAGGGUUUGCCCAAGUCUCGGGUGCUGACCGAGCAGGAGUGGAGAGGUCUUGGGGUGCAGCAGAGCCGCGGUUGGAUGCACUACGCAAUCCACAGGCCGGAACCUCACAUCCUGCUGUUCAAGCGGCCUCUCGGGACCGAUCCCGUGUCUGGAAAAGUCGACCCCGUCCUGGAGCAAGAGGCCAAGAAAGCCUACCAACAGGAACUGGCUGACAAGAUGGACCCCGGCACAAACGUAGCCCCCAUGGCCAUGUAAACCCUACACUACACACCGAGGCGUUACAAUAUACUGUUUACUGCUGUAACGCCGAGAAUAUUGCGCCACGAAGUUUGCCCUCGUGCUAGAUUGGCCAUGGGGUCGUGACGAGCGCAGAUGGACGGGCGGUGUCGAGAUAGGCCGAAGCUAUGGGAACCUGCGGGAUAGCAUGGUAUGCUUGGAAGCGGUCGUGGGAUGGUACCGUUAUCUUGAUUGUUAUGUGGAUCGAUUCGAUUUUGAUUUGAUUUGAUGCCAUUUGAUCCUAGCUAUUUUUGCUCCGGCAGUACAAUAGCAGCACCGGGGAAGGGAAGCGAGGAGGGCAAGAGUUGCUGUCUCUGCAACUCUUUGUGUAGUGUAGUGUACCGUGAGAGCUUGUUUCGGUUCGCUUGCCGUUGUUUUGUGAUGCUUGUGAUUUUGCAAGCCCUGGAGAUUUGUUUCGCUUGUCGAUGGAGCAGGCGCGGUGCAGCGUGUCUAGAAAAUACUGGGUACGACGUGGGGCACUCUCAAGGUUAAGGUUUGUACGGAUACCAGCAAGCCUUUAUUUGAACCUCCCGCUGGCCGCGCUUGCCGUAUUUAUUACGGAGUUGAAAGGGUUGGAGCCGAACGUUUUCUUCUUUUGUGUACUUUGUACGAUUUGUGUGUUGCCCUCUCGCCUCCGUACCAGAGAGUGCUUCGGAUCCACUUUGUACAUUGACGGGAAUGAUCCAUGACCCGACACUUGGGGCCUUGGCCGACAGUCCAUGCUGCAUGCAGCACUGCAGUGGGGAGUUUUAGUUUUUUCAACCUUUUUCCCGAGAAUUUGGGGUCGCCGUAGUAUACAAUACAAGGUUGGCCACGGAGGUGCGGAGAUGUCACACAGGUCUAUCACAGGAAAAGGGAGGGGUCGGUAUGACGCAGCCAGGUGUCACUAGUUUUGCCUGUGUGCAUGUCACGCGUUAGUAUCGUGUCGCUGCGACGUGCACGAAACCAUGGUCGAGGACUGCUCCUUCUGCCCUUGUCCCUCAGCUACUGCUGUAUCCUCUGGAUCGAUAUCGAUAUGCAGUAAGGGGCGGCUGUUGCGUGCGGUCGAGGUGUCUUGAGCCCCCUCGCAAAGGCGGGCAGCAGUUGUUACUCAACGGGUUAUUCUUGACCGUGCUGGCAUCUCUACAAGUACACCGUUGUCUUCGUUUUUUGAGUGUACCAAUACACUCAUAAUAGUCAUGGGGUGGUCGUCAGCCUCCUAGUAAGUAGUCGCGUGUCUUGGUUGUUUGGAAAACGAUUUUUUUUCUGCGGCAAGUACUGCAGGCUUUCGUUCGGAGUGGUCCUGGCACCCUGGCCUUUGGUUGGUUGGUUCGGUUUGGCGUUGGAGAAAAUAAAGGCGGCCGCCCCACCCGGAGGAACACGUGGGAAGCACGCACGACAAGAGAAAA